GGAUUCAGAGAGCACAGUGGAGGAAUGAGUUUGAAUAGCAGAGACUAUGCGUGUGAGCUGUAAUUGCCACAUUUGGCCUACGCAGUCGUCACAGUGUUAGUAUCUUAACUGCUACUUUGAGAGCUCAGAGAUCUGACCCAUGAAACCAAAUUCUGUUCUACUGGCUGAUGGAACCUGUUCUAUGACCAUUUUGACCAUCUACUCUGUUGACCCAAGCUGUCAGCUUAGGCUUCCUCGCUUUAUGAAGGCAGGGAUAUAUGAUGGGUGUGAAUGGGGGUCCACAAGGUCCCUAAUUCAGCUGUUGGAAUCCUGGAACAAUGGUGUCCGUGUGUAAGCACACGCUCCCUCCCAGCCCAGAAGUUCUGUCAGGUGUGGUACGGCAUAAAUGGACCAGGUACCAGCCAUUAGUGAGCGUGGGGCUUCAGGGUAUCCAUGAACCACAUCUAGUAUUGGCUCCUGGUUUGGAGCAGUAUCACACUCCUAGUCCGGUUGAGCAUGUACUGGAGUUGGGAGGCAGGAGCCGUCAGUGAACUGGCUGAGGAGAAGGAGAAAUUCCAGCCGGGCUCAAGUUCUGUCAUCACCUCCCUUAACGCUGUCUGAAAAAGGAGGUUUUCUGCAGAUUGAGCAGAGCAGCCGCAGCCCAGAACAGGAGAGGAAUCGAUGACUCAGCGCUGAACUGUUGAGACUAGAAAGGUGCUUCUGUUAAGUCAUCAAUUUCCCUUCCUGGUAGACAGCAGCCUCACUCUCCUAUUUGCACAAAGCUUCCUGCUCCAGCAGCAUCAGCCCAGCUUGGGCAGAGGCAAGGCUCCCUGGAAGUGACAUGGCAACAGGCACCUGUGAGGUAUUGGAGAGAGACCUGGAGUGUCCUGAGGCCAUAGAAGAGCUGCCAGUGCGGGCAGAGAGAAUUCCAAGGCUCUCGAGGGAGGACGUGAGAAAAGAUGCUGAAGUGCUACAAAGCGAAGAGGAGGUAAACAGUAGCUCACUUGGGAUAGAGAAGGAGGAGAGGAACACGCUGCACGUCAUCGAGAAAGAUCUAGAUGAGUUUGUGGAAAGCAUAACGGACACACCAGUCGUCACGGAGAAGACCGUGACGAGGGUAGAAAGGGUGGAGGAGACAGCCAGCUCUGCUUCGCCACAAGUUCCCAAGACCCUUCCAGUGAAAAGGCAGGCCGAGCCCCGCACCAUCGGCCCCAUGAAGGAGGAGGUCCCCUGGGAGGGGCUUACCCUCAACAAGUGCAUUCUCAUUGCCUCCUUUGUCGCUCUGCUAAGCAUGGGCUUCCAGGUCUUCCAAGAUGUCAUCGACGUAGACGAGGUUCCCGAAGCAGAGCCCAGCCUGUGGGCCCAGCCUGCGCGCAGCCUUCCCGAGGAUGGUGCCGGCAAGAGGGGAGAGCUGUGGUUUUUCAAGAGCUGGUUGAGCUGGUUGGAGCCGGAAGAAGCAGAAGAUCCUGAAGCCAAGGUGGAAGGAAUGCAGCAGGACUCCCCAGGCAGGGCAGAGCCGAGAAGGGGCCAGAAGCCGAGCGCGCUGGAGAAGGAGGUAGAGAAGCCCAGAGAGAGUGUGGUGGCUCAGCCGGAGAGAGGCGUCAAGGAGAUGAAGCCCAAGGACAGGCCCCCAGAGGGCCAGGCCAGCAAAAUGCACAGGGCGCCCCCAGCAGGCUCUGAGCAGGAGGAGGAGGAGGAGGAGGGGCAGCAGCGCAGCAGCAAGAGAGCCCGUGGGGAGGGGAAGGAGGGCAAGCGGAGGGAGGGGAAGGAGCGGCCCAGGCGGGACGAGGGGAAGGGCCGCCACCCCAAGCCCGACUCACCACCCCAAGGGCCAGGCCGCAAGGAGCACCGGCAUGACGAAAGCGGGAAGCGGGACUCUAAGCAGCACAAGGGCCGGAAGCCGUGGGAGCAGCACAAGUUCAAGGAAAGCAAGAGGCAUGACUGAGAACCUGCCCCCUCGCGUCUGAAUAUUCUUGAGCAACGGGGUUGAACAACACUAAAUCUGGGGGCACCCAAAUUCCCUGCCCCCCAAGGCUCCAGCCUGAAGGCAGCACGUAAUCAGCCCAGCACCAGCCUUUCCUGUCAUCCCCGAGAGCCGCGCUCACGUGUGAGAUUUGCUGGCCAUUGUUUUCUCCUCCAUAGACAUCGCUUGUUUGCUGAGUUCCCCAGGAAUUACAUACACCUGCCAUUGAUAACCCUGCCUGUGGUUACAGAGAAGCAGCGUGGUUUUGUGGUUAGAGCCACAGACUGGGCGGUGGGAGACCUGAGUUCUGGUCCCAGCUCUACCACUGACUUGCUGGGUGGGGCUGGGCAAGUCAUGUCACUUCUUUGUGCCUUGUGUUUCCCCAGCUGUAAAAUGGGGAUGAUGAUACUUCGCUAUGGCCCAGGGGUUGCUGUGAGUGCAGGUGAGAAGCUUUGAGAUCCCUGCAUCAGUGCUGUGUAUCGCUGCUGGAGUGGGAGCGCGGCCGGUGCUGUCGUGGGCCUUAGGUGCAAAUUUGGACUCCCCUGAGUUCGAUGCUUAAAGGAGAGCUGAAAAGGGGGGAUGAGUUUGUCCUUUCUUGCUUCAUGGGCGGUCCCCCAGCCCCACCAGAAAUAUUUUUCUGCUUGUUUUUUUGACCUUACAAAUAAUCAGACUGUCCAGGUAUUGCUGGAGGACUCUUUGGAGGUUUUGCAUGUACAAAGAGCUCUCUCAGGGUCCACAGAUGUCAGUUUUUCACCUGGAGAGCUUUUCUCCCAACUGUUUGUCAGACAUCUGAAUUAAAUUGGUGUUAACAAAACCAAACCAGAAGACAAAGGUUCUAACAGCCUGAAUAGAAAUCCCAUUCCCUGCCAAUGAUUCAGGUUUCAGACCCCCAUGGUGCCCACAAUGCUACAAUCCUACUCGUUUUCCAGUCAUCCCUAGAGACUUUAAGGAAAGCUGAAGGUCUAAUGGCAAAGCCAAGCAGGUGGGUGCUGGGGUGGGGGAAACCUUCUAGUUUUCCUUCUAAGACAGGAGCAAAAAAGGCACCACCCCCUAUUUUCCGGUGCGUCCCCGUUCAGUGGCAGUUUGAAUGGCUAGAAACACAAGCGAAGUGCGCUGUUUUUCAAUGCUUUAAUAAGAACAGAAGCAGCAUUGCAGCCCCAAACAGCUGAGGUAAAUAGUUUAUUCUGACCUCUACCGAGUUAGCAAAAAUGUCCUUUUUAACAGUGUAUUAAACUGAAUGGUUUCAAA